CUUCUCCGCCUCUGAUCGUGGGGAAAACUGAGUAGGAGAAAAGUGCUUCAACUUAGGUCUGAAACCACAGCGACGCGAACAGAAACUUUUAUUCUGGCAUGGAAUAAGAAAGCAACGACUCAUAUGAAGGUAGUGUUCAGCUGUGUGAACAAACUCUUCUGCGUAAGUUGAAACCAACCAACGUUAACCCAUCGCUUCCAGCUGGCCUCACUGCUACUGUCAGACCUGGUUGGAGGACAAUCGGCACCAACGGCUGCUGCCGAUGCUGGUGUGUUUUGUGUGGUGUGCUCUUUUUCACGUUGUGACGGACCCACACACUCACACAGUGGCUUGCAUGCCUGAUACUCCCCCCACGUCCUGCUCUCCCUCCUUCUCUGACACAUACUACACACACUCACUCAGAGGGGGAGCCAGUGGUUGUGAGCGUCAGAGCCUGGCGUGUGGAAAGAGCUGAACAACGGAGCGCAGAGGAAAAGUGAGGAGCACAGGAGGGAGACUUGUACCAUGCCAGAGCAGGGAGAAAAGCCGAGGGGCUGCCUCUCUCUCUGUCUCUGGAGCCGGAGUCCUCUGUUAUUGCUUGGACUGUUUUCCCUCCAACAACAGGCCAACGGCAACAUUUUGGACAGUAUGCUGCUAAAGGCAUCCAGUAAGGAAACAGUGGAGAAUGGGAAGAAGGCAUUAGGCAGCACGGCUCCUGCUUUGUCUUCUCAGAGAUUCCUGUGGUGUCACUGUUACCACCACUGCCCCGAUGAUUCAACUAACAACACAUGCAGGACGGAUGGGUACUGCUUUACAAUGGUGGAGGAGGAGGGCGGGGUACCGUUCCUCACUGCAGGUUGCCUGGGGCUGGUCGGAUCCGAGUUUCAGUGCAGGGACACGGUGUUCCCCCAUGAGAGGAAAUCGUUAGAGUGCUGCACGGAUGAAGAUUUUUGUAACAGAAACCUGCAUCCGACUCUCCCUCCACUCAAACCGCCUCUGUAUGUCGAUUGGAAGAUCCACCACAUGGCACUAUUGAUCUCAGUCGCUGUGUGCAUCAUUAUACUGGCUGCCAUUAUUUUCUUCUGCUACUUCAGGUACAAGCGGCAAGAGUCUCGUCCUCGGUACAGCAUCGGUUUGGAACAAGAUGAAACAUACAUUCCUCCUGGAGAGUCUCUGAAGGACCUGAUAGAGCAGUCACAGACCUCUGGCUCAGGCUCAGGUCUCCCUCUGUUGGUCCAGAGAACCAUAGCCAAGCAGAUUCAGAUGGUGAAGCAGAUUGGAAAGGGGAGGUAUGGCGAGGUGUGGAUGGGAAGGUGGAGAGGAGAAAAGGUGGCUGUUAAAGUUUUCUUUACCACUGAGGAGGCCAGUUGGUUCAGAGAGACCGAGAUUUACCAGACUGUCCUAAUGAGACAUGAGAACAUACUGGGUUUCAUAGCUGCAGAUAUCAAAGGAACCGGCUCCUGGACCCAGCUCUAUCUCAUCACUGACUACCAUGAAAACGGAUCCUUGUAUGACUACCUGAAAUCAACCACCCUGGACAAUAAAGCCAUGCUGCGUUUGGCCUAUUCAUCUGUUUCGGGACUUUGUCACCUUCAUACAGAGAUCUUUGGCACUCAGGGCAAACCCGCCAUUGCUCACAGGGACCUUAAGAGUAAGAACAUACUGGUGAAAAGAAAUGGGACCUGCUGCAUUGCUGAUCUUGGACUGGCAGUAAAGUUUAUUAGUGACACCAAUGAAGUGGACAUCCCCCCCAACACUCGAGUUGGUACGAAGCGCUACAUGCCUCCAGAGGUUCUGGAUGAGACUUUGAACAGGAGUCAUUUUCAGUCAUACAUCAUGGCCGACAUGUACAGCUUUGGGCUCAUCCUCUGGGAGAUCACUCGGCGUUGUGUCUCAGGAGGAAUCCUAGAGGAGUACCAGUUACCGUAUCAUGAGUUAGUUCCCACAGACCCUUCAUAUGAAGACAUGCGGGAGGUGGUCUGCAUCAAGAAACUACGGCCAUCCUUUCCAAAUCGAUGGAGCAGCGAUGAGUGUUUGAGACAGAUGGGGAAGCUGAUGACAGAAUGCUGGGCCAACAACCCGGCCUGCCGCCUGACAGCCCUGCGGGUCAAAAAGACACUUGCCAAAAUGUCAGAAUCACAGGAUAUCAAGCUGUGAGAAGCCACUGCCAGCUGUGCAAAGAAUGGACACUGACAACCACACUGGCUUUGGUCCAUCCCAUUGCAAAGCCUUCAUCUCUUGGAGAAAAGGAGAUUAGAAGAUCACAAAAUCAUAUAUACGCCCAGAACUCUGCAACUCAAGGCUCUUUGAAAACAGCUAUGUCGUAUGUGGCCAAGUUGGUUUAUCAAAUUAGAUUCAGACUAGUGUGAAUCAUCUAAAUGUCCUGGAUAGAUUUAACUUGAGGCUGUAGCUGCAGAGAAACUACAACUGUCUACUGACCAGUAAGUGGAACAUAAUAUCUGUGCUUUCUGUGAAAGCUAUCCUACCUGUUAGAUGAAGGUCUGAUCGAUAGAAAUGAAGAGGUGUGGAUCAACGCAAUACAUCGCUGCAGGAGAACACAUCCUUUCUAAACACAUGCCACCUCACUACUGGCUUUAUAUAAUUAUUAAUAUUAUUGUUAUUGAAUAAACACAUUUUUGUCACUCAUUAAUGGACUGCUUUUGGCUGCAAGACCUGACACCAUGUGACACAUGUAUUAUGAGGCGUUACUGUAAAAUUUUGUUCAUGGUGAUAACAUUUCUAGACACUGAAAAUUCAAUAUUUGUAUGUGAGCUGCAAUAGGCUAAUUGAAGUUGUAAAAAUGCGUUUUUUCAUGUAAAACUCAAAUAGAAGACUUGUCUGUGGGAAAAUAAAGUUUCUAUGUUGACAUUAA